AUGCGCGAGACAAGAGGCAUCGGUGAAGUAGGAGGCAUCAGUGAGGUAGGAGGCAUGGGCGAGGCAAGAGGCAUCGGUGAAGUAGGAGGCAUCACUGAGGUAGGAGGCAUGGGCGAGGCAAGAGGCAUCGGUGAAGUAGGAGGCAUCAAUGAGGGAGGAGGCAUCGAUGAGGCAGGAGGCAUCAGUGAGGUAGGAGGCAUGGGCGAGGCAAGAGGCGUCGAUGAGGAAGAGGGAUGA